AUGCAUGAGGCGUCUCAAAGCUCGGCUGUUGCAACUGGUGGAUCGGGUGAGGACUCUGCUGCACGUGAGGAAGUUGCUGCACGGGAGGAAGUUGCUGCACGGGAGGACUCUGGUGCACGGGAGGACUCUGGUGCACGUGAGGACUCUGGUGCACGUGAGGACUCUGGUGCACGUGAGGACUCUGCUGCACGUGAGGACUCUGGUGCACGUGAGAACUCUGGUGCACGUGAGGACUCUGGUGCACGUGAGGACUCUGGUGCACGUGAGGACUCUGGUGCACGUGAGGACUCUGGUGCACAUGAGGACUCUGGUGCACGUAAGCGAGCGUCUGACACUGCUCAAAAACCGGCUGUCUCCCCUCCUGCAUCUGCCCCAUCUGCCUCAUCUGCAGUCUCUGCUGCUCCUGAGCAACCUCGUUUGGGAAUGCCACUUCCCUAG